AUGGCUUCGAAAAAUCUACACAUUCAUCUUCUAACAAUAAUCAUUCUUUUAUCUUUUAACUUGGUCAAUGCCCAAAAUGAGGAUACUGAUUCUCAAAGUGAUUUGGUUUUAACUGAUGGCCAAAUUGAGGCAAUUUUUGACUUGAUGGCAAUAGAUGCCGUACAUGCUAAUAAUUCAAGGACUGCACAGCUAGAUUAUUUCUCAUUACGAAUGCUUAGUUAUUUCUUUCAAUCACUUAUAUUAGCAUUAUCUAUUUUUUUCACUUACAGUAUUUAUAAAAAUACUGGAAAUUUCUUUUAUGUUCAAUAUCUUAUUACUUCAUUAACGUUCACUACUACAAAUUUAUUAUUGGAUCUCAUUAAUAGGCAUGAACCUGAUAUUUUAUCUUCUAGUGAAUUUGUUGUUCAUAUAACUUUUUUUAUUAUAGCUGUUAUACGCGGAUAUAUAAACACUACGCAUUAUUUAUUUAUUCUUUUACCUUCAUUAUUUGGUAUAUUUUUUCCAAUUUUUGCUUAUGUGGUGGCAAUUCUUCGAGAGGAAAUUGCUACUCGUACUCGUACUCUAUCACUUAUUAGCGUAGACCAAAAAGAAGAAACUGUUACGUGUGCUGGGAAGUUAGUUUCAAUUAUCUUAGCCUUUAUAUUUGGCGAAUUAAUGAAUCAUGGUAUAUUAGAAGAUGAAUAUAAUUUUGCAGUCAUGACCGCUGUAAAAGAGAAAUUGAAAUUGGCUUCAAUAUGUUCACAAUUUAUUUUUUGUCUAAUUGUUAAGCCUCCUGUCCUAUGGAUUAAAGCUUUUCUUACAGCACUAGUUAUAUAUGCUUCGGUAGAUGUUAAAAUCAGAGAAAUCAGAGAGAAAAAAAGAAAAAAUAGGCAUAAAAUCCAUGAACUUCCUGUGGAUGUUGAGAAGCAUAACGGGGUGAUAACAAAUGUAGUUUAA